AUGUACAAAAAUUCUAACCCAACAGAGCAAGCAUUGAAGGCUUCAACUCAUUUUUCUAGAAAAAGAGGCAAAUGUCGAGGAAGGGGAAUGAGAAGGGGAAGUGGAAGAGAUAGAGGAGGCAGAUGGAAUAAAGAUAGUGGCAAGCAUGCCAAACCAGCUAAUAAAGGAAAACAGCGGGAUCAACAAUUUGACAAGUCAAAGAAAAAAGAAGAAGCUAAAACCUUGUUGAUGGCAAUUCAUGACAAGCAUGAGGAGUUGCAGAACUCAUGUUUAUGUGAAAAAGGUGAUAUUAGUAUAAGAACCAAGAAUGGUUCUGUAGAAACAAUUUCCAACGUUUUCUUUAUGUCUGCUUUGAAGAGUAACUUGUUAAGCGUUGGUCAAUUAAAAGAAAAAGGAUAUGCAAUUACAAUAUCAAAAAAUGCUUGUGAAAUUUAUAAUCAUUCCAGAGGUGCUAUUGCAGUGGUUUCAAUGAGUUCCAAUAGGUUGUUUCCAUUGGUGAUUGAUUAUGUUCAACCUUACUUGAUGGUUAAAGUGAUGGAUGACACAUGGCUUUGGCAUUUUCGCUAUGGUCAUCUUAAUUUUUGGGGUUUGAAGACUUUUAGACAGAAAGAAAUGGUGAGGGGCCUUCCUUAA